AAAGAGAAAAACAGUGGGCGCAUAAACCCGGGAGUAGAGAGACCAUAGAUGACCCGAUUCUGGUUUUGAAGCGAAGAACAGAACCCACUGCAAACCCAAACCCUCUUCAGAUCUCAAAGCCAUGGCCACCUGGCCCUCCUCAUCCGAUCCUUCUAAUCAGGAAGCUGUUGCAAUAAGGAAGAGAAACAAGUCUGAUCAAAUUAAGUUCUUGAUUCCUCUCAUCUACGCCCCUGUUCUUCCCCUCAUUCGACUCACACUGCGGAAGAAUCCGGUUGUGCGGGACCGCUUGUUUACUGCUGUGUUGGUUGGAGCAUUUGCUCAUGGCUCUUAUUUGGUGUAUCCUUUUAUUGAUAUCGAAUUCCGUUAUGAUUGUUACUCUGACUUGUUCAGGACGGAUCUUUAUGAUAUCGAGAGCAAGUAAAUUUGCAGAGCAUAGUUUGAGAUACGAGGUAGUUUACAUCUCUUCAACAACUUUGAAUUGGUUUGCUGAUUCUUUGCAGCUCAAUGCUUCAAUGGCUCCCAUAGUAUGUUAAGGCAAUUUUGAUACUGUCUCCGGAUCAUUUGCAGAUUGUAUCCAGUUAUUAUUAUGUAUUUACAAGUACAUUUCUUUUCCUUUUCACCGGCUCUCAACAAGUUUUCAAGACUGUUUUACUGAUUACAAUAAACACACAUUGAGACUGUUCUGUUAA